GCUAUGGCUCUCCUGCGAUUCCUGAUCGCGGCGUGGCUGCUGCUGGCCUCAAUCGUCUCGGCCCAAACCACCCAAGCCGCCAUGAGCAUUGCUGGCUCCGGUGCCAGUUUCCCCGGCUCGCUCUACAUCCAGCUCGCCCAGGAUUUCACCAACGCCCAGACCCAGGUUCAGGUGACGUACUCACCCACCAGCUCCGGCAACGGCCGCCGUGAUCUCGUCAACACCACCCUGUACCAGUUCAUCGGCUCCGACAACAUUCCUGCGGUCUCCUUCCCGUCAUCGUACACCAAGUCCCAGACAGCCCUGCUGCCCUUCCCCGCCGUCUUUGGUGGCAUCGCCGUCGUCUACAACCUCAACGGUCUCACGAACACGCCGCUGGUCCUGACCCGCAAGAACAUUGCCGACAUCUUCUCGGGCGCUGUCCAGAUGUGGAACGACGCCUCGCUCACCGGCCAGAACCCCGCUCUGUCCGCCGUCAACCAGCGCAUCCAGCUAGUCGUCCGCGGUGGCUCCUCCGGAACAACAUCCAACUUCCUGACCGCCGUCAAUAAGUUUGCCGGCACCCAGCUCUUUGACUCCACCGCCACCAACGGCACCUUCCCGACCCUCGCCACCCUCAACGGGACCAAUGCGCCCUACAAAGCCAACACCAACGCCGACAUGGGCGUCAUCGUCGGCACCGUCGAGUACACCAUGGCGUACAUGGACUAUUCCGAUGCCAUCCUCGCCCAGAACUUGUCCUCGUCCAUCCAGAUCGCCAGCAUCGUCAACAAGGCUGGCCAAACCAUCACCCCGAGCCUCGCCAACUUUGUCAGCACCAUCUCCAAGGUCGCCAUCGACAUCGAUCCCUCCGGCUCGCUUGUCUCCAUGUCCAGCGUCAUCAACAAUGCCAUCAUGGACCUUAGCGACCCCGGCUCGUACCCGAUGAUGGCGGCCUCCUACUACAUGGUCCGGGCCGACUCGGCCCCGUACGGCGUUAGCAUCGAUCUCAUGCGCGCCACCAUGCGCUAUCUGUGGUGGACGCUCUUCAACGGCACCGAAACCGAUGCCGCCGCCGUCAGCACCAACGCGGCUUCCACCACUUCCUUCUCUCGCUUCCAGCAGCUCAACUUUAUCCACAUCCCAAUCGGUGUCCAGCAGGUCUCCUACAGCAUCAUGAAAACCGUCACCCACAAUGGUGUCAAUCUCUUCGACAGCAACUCUGUCUGCAACCCAAGCUUUGAUGCCAACGGCAACUAUCUGCGCCCCAACUCGUGCCAGAACGGUGGCACCUGCCUCACCAACGGCCCCUUCCAGGACAGCAGCUCGGCCGUGUGUAUCUGUCCCGUCGGCUUUGUCAACAGCCGCUUCAAGGACUGUUCCGAGCCCGCCACCUUCUUCUCGCUGCCCUCCGAUGACGGCUUCAAAUUCAACUUGAUUGCCCUUAUCCUGAUGGCCAUUGCCACGGUCUUUAUCCUCGUCAUCACCGCGCUGAUGGUCAUCUACCGCGACCGACCCAAGAUUCGUGCCAUUGCCCCGAGCUGCUGCUGGCUCAUCCUUGCUGGCUGCUUGCUGGGCGUCUUUGGCGGCUUUGUCUACACCGUUGUCCCUCAGGAUCCCGUUUGCCGUCUCCGCCCGUUCCUGCCAACCAUCGGCUUUGCCCUGGUCUUUGGCAUGCUGCUGCUCAAGACCUACCGCAUCUACACGAUCUUUGGGUACAAGCGUGUGACCGCCACGAUCAUCAUCCCGAACUGGAAGCUCAUCACCAUCACCUUUGGCCUCGCUGCCGUCCAGGCCGUCAUCUGCAUCAUCUGGGUCUUUGUCGUGCAGCCCACGGCCGUGCCGCUUUCCUUCGGCACCCAGGUCCUCAUCACCUGCCAGCCCUCGGCCAACAUGGUGAUUGCCGAUCGCUGGUUCCAGGCCAUCGUCUUUGUCUUCAACGGCAUCAUCCUGGUCGGCUGCUUGAUUCUGGCCCUGCAGACCCGCGGUGCCCACGAGCGCUUCCAGGAAUCCAAGGCCAUCUCGCUCAGCGUCUACACCGUCUCGAUCACGCUGCUCUUUGGUCUCCCGAUCAUCUACGGACUGCCCUCGGGCACGGACGCCACGCUCUUCAAGAUCGCCAACUUUAUUCGAACCAUGAUCAUGAUCAUCAUCUCGAUCGGCAUCCCGUCGUUCCUGUACGUGCCCCGUCUCUACCAGACCAUGUUCCGCACUGGAAACGGCAGCGACAUGCGCGGCCAGAACGGCAUCCUGGGCGCCGAUCCUGACUCGGGCAGCUUCUCGGGCGAUGACGGUGCUUCGCGCCGCUCGAUGGAGUCCUGGUCCGUCCAGGCCAUCACGUUCGAUGUUGGUGUCCAGGGCAUGAAGGUCGGUGGCGCUUGGACCUCGGCCUCGCUCGUGGUGCUGCCUGAGAUGGACUUGCUCGUCUUCCUGGACUCGAUCCAGAGCGGCAAGACCCUGGUUUCGUUCAAGAUCUCGUCGACCGACUGCCAGCGUAUGCUCCCGAACGGCAGCGUCUCGCGUGCAACCGACAUCAGCACCAAGCGCAUUGCCCUGACUGCCCCGCAGCUCAAGAAGGCCUAUCACAUUGAGUUUGUGAACGAGUCCCGUGCGGUCGCCUUCUUGAACGUUAUGGAGCUCGUCCAGUCGCGGUCGCAGUCCCACAACUCGGCCGUGCCCAUUGGCCAGAUCAGCAAUGUCGGUGCCUACAUCGACACUCGCAAGAACAUUGCCUCCAGUCUGCAGCAGCUGACGCCCAACCUCAACGGCAGCCCUCGCUCGUCUCCACGGGCCCUCGGCGCCACCCGAGCCAACGCCGCCGACGCAUCCAUUCCCAUGAUCUCCCUAGGUCCCUCCUCGGCUGCAUCGAAACCUGUCUCUGCUGCUGGCUCGGCCACUGCCCUGAACGCGCGGCUACCCAUGAAUCCUCAAAUGGCCUUCUCCAGCGGCGCCGCGCCGCCUCCGCCGCCGUCUGCGAACAAGCCCGACCACAUGCCGAUUGUGGUGCCCUUCACAAACGCCAAGGGCCCAGAGGAUGACUGGCUCGAGCUCAAGCCCUAAUCGAUGAAGAGGGAACACGGAGAAUCUUGGCCUUGCUGUGCCUGCGCCAUCUCGAGCUCUUGGUGCCAGGAAUGCUGCCGCUGCCGCUGCUGCUGCUUCACAUCACCCUUAGUCUGCUUCGACUGCUUCAACCACACGUGCUAUGUUUGCACCUCGGCUGUUCGGUCAUAUCCCCCCAUCUCCAACGCACACUUCCGUCCACACCUCGCAGCUUGGUCAAAGAUUCACCGUUGCCCAAGCUCUAUCGUGUAGCCCCUUUCCGAUACUUGUCUUUACUCACUCCCACUAUUACUCUUAUUUCGUG